AUGUCCCAAAUUUGCUCGCGUUCUGGAUGUAGCAAGCCAGUGUACAUCGAAACUAAUGGAUUUGUACAUCCCUACUGCGGAAAAACAUGCGCCUCUUUCGUACUCAACAAAUUGAAGUUACCCCAACGUUGUAAGAAUCCAUCUUGUUCACGACAAGCUUAUGUUGAUCCAACAGGAAUGCAAUAUAAUUAUUGUGGGAAAACUUGCGCGAGACAACAUCUUAAUUCUGAGGCACCUCAUUGUACUCGAUCAAAUUGCCCAAGACGCGCUUAUACAGACCCUCAGGAUAAAAAAAAAUUUCAUUCGUAUUGUUCUCCAACCUGUUACUGGAUAGAAUGUUCAACAUUAACCAAAACUAAAUUGAGCUUAUUAAACGCAAAUAAUUUGGAUUACAUUGGGGCUCAUCAAAGAUUUAUUUCAAUGUUACCUCAAGCUAAAGUUCAAGCGAUUUUUAGGCUUCAAAUGCCCAAGAAUUUGGUUGAAGCUCAUCAAAAUCUUAAGAAACAAAUUGCCCAGCAACAAAAUUUGCCAUUAAACAAGGUCACUCAUAAAAUGUUUCAUGGUACUAAAUCUAAUUGUGAUCCUUUACAAUUUCUCAGUCGUCUUUCACCAUUAUGUUCGAAUGGUUGUGGAUUGUGUGGAAUUGUUACUCAAGGAAACAAUACUGCUUAUUCGAGACAUAAUGGACAAAUGUGGUUUGCAAACCAUGCCUCAACCUCUUCAGGAUAUUGCAGUGGUGGUUCCGCAAAUGUUAUUUUUAUGGUUGAUGUUUUGGCACCAACUGCCAAUUCUAUAUUGAUUGUAGGUCAAAAUGCGAUGAAAUUGUUGUAG